CUCUUCCCGCUGCAGCCACCCGAAAGAAAAAAAAGAGGAACCCAGCCAUGCCUUGGAAAAUUGGUGAAAAAGCUUGGAGAUUUCUCCUUCCUUCUUGUUCUAGAACCCAUAAAGAACCCAGAAAUUUCCCCUCCCUCUCUGUAGAAUCCGGAUCUACCCUGCUUUGCUCUGUCCUUCCGCCGGCUGCUCCUGCUUUGUGGGGGUGAUUUGCUCCGGUUUUGGAAAAUUGGGGAUAAUUCCGGUAGCUUUAGGACCAUGAUUAAGCACUAAUUCAAGUGGAAUUUAUGUGAUUGAGUGUUAAUUGCUUGUUGUGAUUUUUGGAGAGAAAAUCCCGUGAGAUUAGCUAGUGUUUUGGCCAAUUUGUGGAAGUGGAGUUACUGUUCACGUCGGGGUCACUGUUCACCGCACAUGUCGACAUGUUUACUGAUAUGACGCCUGCCACUGGGCGAAUACAUUGGCAAAUUUCUGUCGCCCGCCAGUGGGUUGUUAUAACACUGGCCAUGGCUUAUAGAUGAGACUACUGAUGAGAUUUAUUCUGCAUGAACGGUUUGUCAUGAAACACUGUUAUUGAACUGAAUCUGAUUUUGCAUUGACGGUUUUGUCAUUGAACGUUUUGCUAUUGAACCGAAUUUGAUUUCCGCAUUAACGGUUUAUCAAUGAAAGUUCUGUUAUACUUACAUGGUUUAUCUGGCAUACUUAAAAGUUUUACCCAAGGGCUAUCCAUAUUUACUUACUGAGUUAUCUUAUAGUUUUCCUUGUCCACCAUUUCAGGAAACGAAAUUGAGGACGGGGAAACCAAGGGGAGUGACGAGUUAGAAGGCUAGCCACCUGUAAUUUGAAUAUGGAUCUUAGAUAUAAAUGGUGACCUUGAAGUUAGAGUAAAUUUUAAAGAUUUGAUCUUCAGAUUUUUGUGGUAUCAGAUGUGAAUUGGAUAAGUUCUGAGCUUUGUGCACUUGUGGGACCCGUCUCACGAGUGCACGGCAUCUGUCGCGCCUCGGAUUUGGUAGCUUCUUCCAAGUUAGGAACGUGAAAAAUGUUUGUUCAAGUUACAGCAUCAAUUCCAGCUCCUCCAUCCCAAAACUCCAAACCUGAAAUUAAUCGUCGAUCUGCCGGUUUUCAUCCCAGCAUCUGGGGUGCUCAUUUUCUCUCAUAUGCCUCAAACAAUAUCAUGGAAAGUGAGGAAGAGAAAAGGGAGCAUUUAAAGCUGAAGGAGGAGCUGAAGGAGAAGCUGAUGGCUGUGAUUGAUGCGCCAUUGAAGAAACUUGGAUUGAUUGACGCAAUUCAAAGGUUGGGCGUGUCAUACCAUUUCCACAAGGAGAUUGAUGAAAUCUUGGGACAAAUAAUGCAGGUGAUGAACCAAAGUGAUUUUAAGGCUAGUUCCAGUCAGGAUGAUGAUCUUUAUACCAUUUCCCUAACAUUUCGUCUACUUCGGCAACAUGGUUAUAGAAUUUCAUGUGAAAUGUUUAAAAAGUUCAAGGACAAGGGAGGGAAAUUCAAGGAAUCCCUAAUUGAUGAUGUUAAAGGCAUGUUAAGCUUGUACGAGGCUACCCAUCUAAGGGUCCAUGGAGAAGAUAUUUUGGAUCAGGCAUUGUCUUUCACUUCUACUCACCUUGGUUCAAUGGCCACAAGCUUAAGCAACCCUUCUCUUGCAGCUCAAGUAACAAAUGCUUUACACCAACCUGUCCACACAGGCAUGCCUAGGCUUGAGGCUAGACGAUUCAUUCCUGUAUACCAAGCCGAUCCUUCUCAUGACAAAACAUUAUUAAGCUUUUCAAGGUUGGAUUUCAAUCUGUUACAGAGACUGCACCAGAAGGAAAUCAGCGAUAUUGCCAAGUGGUGGAAAGAUUUAGACUUCUCCACAAAGCUGCCUUUUGCCCGAGAUAGAUUGAUAGAAUGUUACUUUUGGAUAUUGGGGUUGUACUCUGAGCCAGAGUAUUUACUGGCUCGAAGGUUUUCAACCAAAGUCAUAAAAUUUGCUUCUGUUAUUGAUGACAUUUAUGAUGUCUAUGGCACGCUUGAUGAACUUGAACUCCUUACUGAAGCAAUUCAAAGCUGGGAUAUGAAUGCAAUAGAUCAAAUGCCUGAGUACAUGCAAAUUUAUUUUCGGGCGUUUUUAGAUAUUUACCGUGAAAUUGAAGAACAAAUGGUAGCACAAGGGAAAUUAUACCGCGUCUAUUAUGCAAAAGAAGCUAUGAAACGUCUUGUUAGAGCCUACUUCCAAGAAGCCAAGUGGUUCCACGAGAAAUACACACCAACACUGGAUGAGUACAUGCCGGUUGCAUUAAUUUCAUCUGGGUAUGAAAUGAUGGCCGUCACAUCCAUUGUCGGACUGGGAGAUAUUGCCACAGAAGAUUCUUUUAAUUGGUUGUUCAGUCGGCCCAAGAUUGUCACUGCUUCUGAAGCUAUUGCUAGACUCAUGGACGACAUUGCAUCCCAUAAGUUAGAGCAAAAGAGAGGACAUGUAGCUUCAAGCAUUGAAUGUUACAUGAUACAAUAUGGUGGCACAGAAAAAGAAGCAGUGGAGGAACUCCGCAAACUGAUUACCCGGGCAUGGAUGGAUAUCAAUGAAGAAUGCCUGCGCCCAACAGCAGUCCCUAAGCCUCUCCUGACUUGCAUUCUAAAUCUUGCACGAGUUGUUGAAGUCUUGUACAAGACUGAAGACGGCUACACUCAUGUUGGAAAAAGGAUCAAGGAAUCCGUGACUUCUUUGCUCAUUGAUCCUGUGCCUGAGAAAUGCAUUUUGGCAGGUAGAUGGGAUUGCAUUGAUUUGGGUUAUGACUAUUUUCUUGUUCGAUUUCAUGUGCAGGAAGAUCUUAACAAGGUGAUCAAUAGAGGACCUUGGUUUGUAGAUUCAAGAGUGACUGUUGAUAAGCCUGCUCAAAUCCAACCGAACGGUGGUCCAAUGGAAGAUCGAGCUAAUUCCAGUGCAGCCAAAGGAAAGCAGAAAUGUGAUUACGCUACAGCAAGCCUUAGAUCUGAUAUUAUCAUGAGGAAAGAAGACACAUCCACAAUGGAAGGAGGAAGUGAUAUUGGAAGUAUGACACACAGACCUCUGUUGACCCUAAAGUCUAUCAAUCCAGUUCCUUUUCUAAGCUCAGUGCUAGUUUCCGUAAUGAUGUGCAAAAUGGAGAAGAUCCACAUCAUCGUCAAGACUUUAGUCUCGCUUGAGAUCAAGAAGGAGCUGGACUACGAAUGCCUAACGCUUCCAUACCAAUUUCUGGAUGUGUUAAUGAUGCUGCUGCACAAGGUAACACAGGAACCAUUGUUUGAUUUGGAUCUCUCAAAUAUUGUUAAUUGGAUGAUGAAGAUGUUAUCUUGGAAUUGCUGCGGAGCAGUUAAAAUGGAAUUUCAAAGAAGAAUUAUGGAUUUGAAAAGGCAGCGCUAUCCAUCUAUCAUGCUUAUCUUGGAAACAAAGCUAGCUGGUUCAGUUGCGAUGGAGGCAACCGCUAAGUGUGGUUUUUCUUGCUGCAAUGUGGUUGACUCUAAAGGAAGAGCUGGAGGUCUUUGGCUAUUAUGGAAUGAUGAGGAUGUCUGCAUCGAUGUGGUGACCUCUACAUAUCUAGCCAUUCAUGCUAUCGUGAAGUCCAGGACUAAUUGGAUGGUGGAUGGAGAUCGUAACUCAAAGUUUUUCCAUCUCUCUACUAUUCGCCAUCAUAGUCAUAAUUGUUUCCAUUGCCUUAGAGUCUCUAUGGAUGAAUGGACUAAUGAUCAAGGGGCUAUCACCAACCUCAUUAAGGACCAUUUUAAGAAUAUGUUUUCUUCGUCCUUGCUUUGCUCUUACCAUGACUCCUUCUCUAAUCUUGGUGCGUCUAGUAUGGCUUUUGGGGAGUUAUCUAUGCUGGAUGCUAUCCCAAAUGACAUGGAAAUUCAUGAUUCCUUGGUUGGAUUAAAAUCUUUUAAGGCAUUAGGUCCUGACGGUCUUCAUCUUGGAUUCUUCCAAAAGUUGUGGGAAUCUGUUAAAAAUACCCUUUGCACUGAUAUCAGAAACAUCUUCGCUUCUACUACUAUUCCUGUUGAGUGGAAUGAGUGCUUAGUCACCCUUAUUCCUAAAACAAAAAGUCCUGAGACUGUUCAACAGUUUCGUCCUAUUGGCUUGUGUAAGGCCUCUCAAUCUAACUGUCAUUAUCUCAAGGACACUUUGGAUUUCUUUUGCUCUCGAUCUGGUCAACAAGUUAAUAUUUCCAAGUCUAGAAUUCUCUUCUCUAAGAAUGUUGACUAGAACACCUGUCUUAAUAUUUCCCAAGAUCUUGGUUACUAGCAAACUGAUGAGAUUGGUAAAUAUCUUGGUAUCCCCAUUUCUCCCAAGAGGAUUUCCAAGACUAAUUGCCAGUUUAUCUUGGAAAAAAUUUGCUCAAAACUU